ACAACAAACUUGCUCAUUUGCGUUUGUUUAUUUUCAAAAUCCCUCUGCUGUACGAUUAGAAGAAUCGUCAACCCUAAAGGCCUUUGCCGUUUGGUGUUUUGUUUGCUCGUUUUCAUGGAUGAGUUUAACAGUAAGAAGCGAGGUCGAGACGACUCCAACGAGUCGGACAUGGACUCGACGGAGGUGAAGAGACUCAGAGAUGAUUUGUUGGAUCUUCUUGAUGAGUCAGAUUCUUUGCCUGUUAAUCAAGAUCUCGCUUCUGUAAUGAAGAGUUUCGAAGAGGAGAUAUCCGCUGCCGCGUCUACUUCGACGGAAUCGAUGCCGGUUUUUGAUCUGACGUCAGAUUCCGGCGAGUCCAAGUCGGAUCUCGGUUACCUUCUCGAGGCUUCGGACGACGAGCUCGGUCUGCCUCCUCCAACGUCUUCCACUACCGGCGACGAGGGAACGUCGGAAGCCUCUGAUUUGGAUAGAGUGGACUCACACUCGUCUGGAUUCGGUGCUUUGUGGGGGUUUGAGGACCAGAACCCGAACUACGAUUCCUUCGAGUUUGGAUUUGUUGAUAAUUACAACGUUGACCAUGUUGCUUAUGAUGGAUUGUUCGAGUAUUCCGAUGUGUAUUACGACUCCGAUAUGACUGGUCAGCUAUGGCGGCUGGAAACUCUGUCGGCGGAGUAAUAGUUCGAAC